AUGAAGAAGAGUGUAGCAGUGUCAAAAGAUGAUUCUGUGGAGAGAUAUUCUCUUCUGUUGGAGCAGAGUUUUAGAGGAAAAGGUGGUGACUUGCGUUCCAAGAGUUUAAAACUUACACAUGAAGAGAGAAAUAGCAAUUCUUCAUUGUCUAGCCUUGAUGUUCUUGGGUCAUUUCUUACCGAACUUCCCCGAGAGCGAGAGACAGUAGUAGACUCUGGUAAGAACAAAGAAGGAAGAGAAGAAAAUGAGCAGAACGAGAAGAGAAGCCAAGAAACAGAGACUUUACUCUCACCAGGUUUAGGUCAAAGUUCUUUAGAGAUUUACAGCCAUGAAGAAGAUGAAGAUGUUGCUGGAAUCAAAUGA